AAAAGCCGUUAAUACCUGGCUGCCUACCAUGUCAAAACCCCUUAUUUCCCUCGCACAAAAAUGCAAAACCUUAAACCAACUGAAGCAAAUCCAUGCCCAUCUCCUCAAAUCCCAAUUGCCCGAGAACCCGUUUGCCAUCGGACCGCUUCUCUCCGUCGCCGCAAUAUCCAACAACGCCUCUUUCUUCCCUUACGCCCGCUUCGUUUUCGAGCAUCUUCUUCACCGCAACAUCUUCAUGUACAACACCAUGAUCAGAGGGUAUGUUCAAACUCACUCAUCGAUUCCUGCUGUCUUAUGCUAUUUAGACAUGUUAAGAUAUGGGCUUACGGCAAAUAACUAUACUUUUCCUCCAUUAAUUAAAGCUUGUUCGAUUCUCGUGCCUGAUUCGAUGCAAAUCGGUCGUUUAGUUCAUGCCCAUGUUGUUAAGUUUGGGUUUCAAGACGACCCUUUUGUUGUUAGUGCACUGAUUGAGUAUUACUCGCUUAUUCUUGACAUGGAAACUGCACGGAUGGCGUUUGAUAAAACUUCUAAGAGGGAUGUGGUUUUAUGGACGACGAUGGUUGAUGGGUAUGGGAAGAUGGGGGAUGUUGAGAAUGCGAGAAAUUUGUUUGAACAAAUGCCUGAGAGAAACGUGAUUUCUUGGAGUGCAAUGAUGGCGGCUCACUCGAGGGUGAGUGACUUCAAAGAGGUGCUUUUUCUAUUUAGAAGGAUGCAGGAAGCUGGCACAAGACCAAAUGAGUCUAUAUUGGUGAGUGUUUUGACUGCUUGUGCUCAUCUAGGGGCACUUAUGCAAGGGUUAUGGGUUCACUCCUAUGUCAAGCGACACAGUCUUGAGUCAAAUCCAAUAUUGGCCACUGCUUUGACUGACAUGUACUCGAAAUGUGGUUGUGUGGGAACGGCAUUAUCGGUUUUUGAGGCUAUUUCUAAUAAGGAUGCCGCAGCAUGGAAUGCUAUCAUAUCUGGGGUUUCCAUGGGUGGAGAUGCAAUGACAUCUCUUGAGCUAUUUCGCAGAAUGACUAUAAAUGGGACUCAACCUACUGAUACCACAUUUGUGGCUGUCCUCAGUGCUUGCACGCAUGUAAGGUUAGUGAAAGAAGGCCUCAAAUUGUUUGAACAAAUGGGUUGUCUUUAUAGGGUUGAACCUCAACCUGAGCAUUAUGCAUGUGUUGUUGACUUGUUGGCUAGAGCAGGCAUGUUAGAGGAAGCUGAAAAGUUUAUUGAGGAGAAAAUGGGAGGGCUUGGACAAGGAGAUGCUAAUGCAUGGGGAGCUCUAUUAGGUGCUUGUAGAACUUAUAGAAAUGUUGAAAUUGGGAACAGAGUUUGGAAAAAGCUAGCUAACUUGAGAGUAGCUGAUUGUGGCACUCAUGUGCUGACAUAUAAUAUGUAUAGGGAAGCUGGAUGGGAAAUGGAGGCAAAGAGCGUACGAAGAAUUAUCUCAGAAGCCAGAAUGAACAAGAAACCCGGUUGUAGUGUAAUAGAAGUGGAUGGCAUGGUUGAAGAGUUCCUAGCUGGUGACUUUUCUCAUCCACAGGCAAGCGAAAUAUGUAAUAUUCUUGAUUCUUUAUUUAAUGUUGUAAAUUUGGAGGAUUGUUUUGAACUUAAAAGGGAUUUGGUGCAACUUGUGUGAAAAUUCUUAAUGAAAUUAUUUGAAAGCCA